UUUAAUUCUAACACAUGUUAGUUUUCUAUUGUUCUUCAGAUUGCCAGGUAAAGCAUUUGCAGACAAUCAACACAUCUGGUUGAACGGUUCUCAAUUUGCAAAUUGCAAGAUGUUUUCACGCUCUCUUUUAGCAAAGAGUGCAUCUAUUCAGACAGUGGUGUGCAUCCCUAUCAUGGAUGGUGUACUAGAGCUUGGAACAACUGAUCUAAUUUUGGAGGAUCCUGCCAUCAUAGAGAAGAUCACAAGGUCUCUCUGGGAGCUACCAAAUCCGAUUUGCUCUGAGCAAUCUAUAUCCGGUCGUCGAAUGGCUGAGAACGACGAAGAUCAUUUAUGCCCUAAUCUUGAUAAUAACAUAGAUGACUGUAUCGACUUGGAGGACCAGAAUCUGAUCGUCGAUCCUCAAACCCAAUUGGGCAAUGGUCCAACACACAUUCCAUUUCAUUUGUAUGCCCCUAUCGAACAAACAGAACCAGUCCGAUGCAUGAUCGAGGAGCUACAUACAAGCACACGUGAAGAACUAAUUGUAGGUUCUUCAGAUGGCAGUUUAAAUUAUGGCUGCCCCACGCAAAAGGUAGAAGAUGCAUUUGGAGUUGAUGGGCUAAAUGACAUGUCUCAGACUCAGAGUAGGCAGUUUAUAGAUGAUGAGUUCAGCAAUGUCCUACAUGGCUAUUUGGAUUCUGAUGGGCAUGAACCGAUGUCUUUUGUUAAUGUUCAGAGAGUUGUCUCUGGCACUGUGGGAGAAAGAAAAAACAACCAGAUUGUUGACGGUGUUCAACAGAGAAGCCUUAGCAGAUGGAGCUUUUUUCCCUUGUCCAAACCACCAAAUGCUCUUUGA